GCGGCCGCAGAGUUCAAGCUGAUCGACUGAAAACCAGCAAACAACUCCGACAACCUCAAGAGUCAACAAGAACAACUCAGAACCAAAAACCCUUCCAACAUGGCCCCCCCUUCUGAACCCGAAUCUCAAUCCGUCCAGGGAACGGUCGACUCAACCGAUAACGCAGAGCAACAUGGUCAACCGGAACAACGUGAGGCCACCCCUCCUCCCGUUCAAUCCCCAGUUGCUACCACUCACUCCGCAAAAGAAGAAACGGGUAAUGCUGUCUCGCAUCGGGCACCCACUAGUCCGGAUGCCAGAAGUGCCGAAGUCACUCAACUCAGAGCAGGGGAAAACUUCGUACCAGGCACGAUCAACCAGCAUCCCCCAGUCGGCUCUUCGGCAGGCCAAGCCUUCAAAGUCGGCGUUUCCGAAGACAGAAAUCGGAAGUGCAGGAGGACGAUGGAAGAUUCUCACUCCUUCUUGUAUAGCUAUGGAGGCGUCGACGGCCAAGGCUACUUUGCCGUAUUCGAUGGACACGCAGGAAAGCACGCGGCUGAAUGGUGCGGACAAUGGUUUCAUGAGUAUCUACUUCACGAAUUGAUGAAUACCCCAAGAACAACACCAGUCCCGGAUUUGUUAAACUCAACCUUCCACAUUGUCGACACCAAAUUAUCGCAGGUCGCGGCCGAAGUUGGAACUCAUUCAGGUUGCACGGCCGUCACCGCUUUCCUCAGGUUAGAAUAUCAGAAUGGGGAACCGGUCGGGUCAGUCGGAGCCGGAAUUUCAGAUAAAGCUGUCACUCAUGUCAACCUGAACGACAUAGUCGAUCAACCGUGGAAGCACGAAGCGAUCGCGCUGUCGGAGGCACGCGACAGUACUCAGAAAGCUGCUGAACAACGGAAGUCUUCGUGGGAUGAAUCACGGCAGUCUAAAGGUGCUAUCAAGCGAACUUUGUACACUGCGAAUGUAGGAGAUGCAAGAGCUGUGCUUUGUCGAGGUACUAAGGCAGUUAGGUUGACAUAUGAUCAUAAAGGUUCAGAUCAACAAGAAGCUCAAAGAAUCACCGACGCUGGUGGAUAUGUCAUGAACAAUAGGGUCAAUGGCGUACUGGCGGUGACAAGAUCUCUAGGCGACUCUUCCAUGAAGGAGUUUGUCGUUGGAUCACCAUACACGACUGAGACGACACUGGGUCCGGAAGACCAAUUUUUGAUUAUUGCAUGCGAUGGUUUGUGGGACGUAUGUGAAGACCAGGAUGCGGUUGACUUGAUCUUGAAUGUCAAAGACCCACAGGAAGCUAGUCGAGUGCUGUUAGAUCACGCACUUUCACAAUUUUCAACAGACAAUUUGAGCGUGAUGGUUAUUAGUUUGAAGCCGGUUUCAUUUUUCGAUGUUUAAAAUGAAACGAGACAAGAAACGUCCGCGGCAAUUUCCACCCUCCUUCCGCAAGAAAAAAUGAAAAAUAUACAAAGCAAAAUAAUAUCAAAAAGAGAUGUCUCAAAUAAUGGGCGUGAUUAAGUACAUUUUUUCGCAUAUCCAACCAAGUAAUCGUCUCUUCUUUUUCAUUUUAAUUUUUUCCUCUUCUUCAUUCAUUAUUCAACUUCUAGAAACUAUCAAAUAAGUUUGAACUCUUCAUCAACCUAAUCGGGUGUGUCACAUUUCUCUCCAUCCAUGAGCUAAGACUAUGUAAAGAAAGUACAACAGUGCAUAUUGGUCAGGAUACCGAGUGAGUUAAUGAAAUGCUUGUUCUUCCUUUUUUGCCUCGUUAUAUCUGUCUGGUGAUUUUUUUUGUAUCUUCGGCUCUCAAAAGAAAAUCCAUGUUUGUUUCCAAUCAAUCAAAUACUUUUACUUACAUGCACACACAGAUAUAUACACUUCUAUGCCACACAGUC